AUGAAGUCUUUCCUUGUCACCGCUCUCAGCAGCCUCCUCCUUGUCGGCAAUGUCGCUGCCGCUGCUGUUGAGGACCCUAUCGAAAUCUUCAACCGUCAGGCUGCCGGACAAGUCAUUCGCCAAUGCUCCAAGCCCGGCGUUCUUGCCCUCGCCUACGAUGACGGCCCUGGUCAAUACACCAACCAACUGAUCGACAUCCUUGACCAGGCCGGCGCCAAGGGCACAUUCUUCUGGACCGGCAAGCUGUACGGCUGUGUGUACAACAACCAAGCCGCCGUCAAGAAGGCCUACAACUCUGGCCACCAAAUCGCCAGUCACACGUGGACCCACCCCCAGAACUUUGGCAGUCUGAGCACCGACCAGCUGAAGCAGGAGAUGCAAAAGUUUGAGCAGGCCAUGGUCAACAUCAUUGGCAAGAAGCCCGCCUACAUGCGUCCUCCUUACCUCGCCACUGGCGGCAACGUCCUUCCCACCAUGCAGCAGCUUGGCUAUAAGGUCAUCACCAACGACGUCGACUCUGGUGACUGGAACGGUCAGUCUGCUCAGCAGAGCCAGCAGAAGUUCCAGCAGGCUGGCGCCGGUGGCAACGGCCACAUCCCUCUCAUGCACGAGACCUAUGCCAGCACUGUCAACACAUUGACUCCUUGGUUGAUCAACUGGGCACGACAGAACAACCUGAAGAUCGUCACUGUUGCCGAGUGUCUUGGAAACGCUGCUGGUGCUUAUCAGUCUGGAACUUUCCAGGGUAACGGACAGAACUACUGUUAA